GAAUCCGGGCACGUCAAGUAACAACUCGUACGCCAUAACAACGUUGUGAACAAAACCACACGCCAGCAAAAUGGGAUUGACAAUUUCAAGUGUGUUAACCAGACUGUUCGGGAAAAAACAAAUGCGCAUCCUGAUGGUCGGACUGGAUGCGGCCGGUAAGACCACGAUUCUGUACAAGUUGAAGCUGGGCGAAAUCGUAACCACCAUCCCGACGAUUGGGUUCAACGUUGAAACGGUCGAGUACAAGAACAUCUGCUUCACCGUCUGGGACGUUGGCGGUCAGGACAAGAUUCGGCCGCUCUGGCGCCACUACUUCCAGAACACGCAGGGUCUGAUUUUCGUAGUGGACUCGAACGACCGCGAGCGAAUUGUCGAGGCGGAAAAGGAGCUGCACAGCAUGCUACAGGAGGACGAGCUGCGGGACGCGGUGCUGCUCGUGUUCGCCAACAAACAAGAUCUGCCGAACGCAAUGACCGCCGCCGAACUGACCGACAAACUGCACCUCAAUCAGCUACGGAACAGACACUGGUACAUUCAAGCGACCUGCGCUACGCAAGGCCACGGUUUGUACGAAGGCUUAGACUGGCUGUCGAACGAGCUGGCCAAAAAGUGAUGAUAAUCGCGAGGUGGUGACCUGUAGGAGAGGAAUAUUUCUUUUCUUAUUAUUAAGACGCCGGUGUACCGCUCAUAACUUGUAUGCAUUGUUUCGUAUAAUAAAUAUAACGAUGGAAAACA